AUGUCAAUUAGUAAAGUGUGUGGAGAGUUUACCACAUUGUGGAAGUUUUUUCCCGAUGAAUUGAACGAAUCUAAAGAAUAUAAUUUUAAUUCCAGAUCGUUCAAUAAUUACUGUCCUAAACCUGGAAACUGCAAUAACGAUAUCGAUAAGAUUAAUGCUGGCUGUUUGUGGUUAUUUAAUGCAUUUUUCAAUAAGUAUGGUACUUCAGCUAUUAAUAAUACUUAUAAGGAUGAUACUGUAUGUAUAAUGAUAUGGUUAGGUUAUAUAUUAAACCUAAAGUCACAUGAUGGAAUAAACACAUUAAACAAUUUUUAUUCUCAGCAUAUACAAAAUAACACGAAGUACACUGAGGAUAUUUUCAUUGGUCAAGCACAUAAAAAUUAUAAGGGAAUCAUAGAUGCAAUAAAGGAAUAUAUGGAUAUUAAUAUUAGUCACAUGUCUAGAUUUUAUAAUUUACUUAAAGUGCUAUGUAAUAUGAAUUCUGCUUAUACGUCAAGUAAUAGUAACGAUUUUUCAGAAUAUGUUAAGAAAUUUGCUGAGGAAUAUGAAAAUCUCCUUAAUGAUAAUGAUAAUAUUGACGGCAGUCCAUACAGUAAAGUAUUACUUGUUUUAUCCAGAUAUUAUAAUAAUUUGGUAAAUGGCAGACCUUUUAAUGAUAAAAUAAGUCUUCCUUCAUUACCAACAGAAAAAAAAAAAAUCGAAGUUAUUGUAGAAAAAUCUAAAGAAACUAAAGCACACGAUCUCUCGGAUGGAACAGAUCAAUCAGAUAUUGAAACUAGAAUUCAGAGUGAUGACACUACAUUAUCAGAAUCAUCACUAGUAAAUAAAUUAGUUAUAGUUUUAUCGAUAUUAGCUGUAAUACCAAUUUUCUUGGGGAUUUCAUAUAAGUAUUCGUUAUUUGGAUUUCGGAAACGAUCUCAAAAACAACAUUUAAGAAAAAAACUAAAAUAA